CUUGGAUUUUGAAUUCCAGCUAUCCUAUGACUAUAGCGUUACACCUCAUGCUUCUCAGAUUCGCAAUGUAUCAAACUACAAAUCACUAGAUAAUUAAACCUUUGACAAAAAUCUUUGUGCAUAAACUAAUGUUAUAUUUAGUAGGUUUGGGUUUAGGUUCCUUCUCAGAUUUGACGAUUAAAGGCUACGAUGUACUGAAAAAGUGUGAUUAUAUCUACCUUGAUAGUUAUACUUCCAUAUUCUCUGAAGAAGAGCUCAAGACAUUGGAUUUCAACGACAAAUGCAUACUUCCAGCUGAUAGAGAAUUCGUGGAACAAAGCAAUGAGAUCGUAGAUCGAGCAAAAGAUCAUGAUGUCGCGUUUCUUGUUGUAGGUGAUCCUUUGGGGGCAACUACACACAGUGAUAUUAUAUUAAGAGCUGUUGAAAAUAAUAUAUCUUACCAAAUAAUUCAUAAUGCGUCAGUUAUAACUGCAGUUGGUUGUUGUGGUUUGCAGCUUUAUAAUUUUGGUGCGACUGUAUCGAUCCCUUUGUGGGAUGAAUUCGGUCAUCCAGAAAGCUUCUAUGACAAACUGAUAAUGAACAUAAAAAACGGACUUCAUACGCUAUGCUUGCUGGAUAUCAAGGUGAAGGAACGUUCUCUGGAAAACAUACUACGCGAUAGGAAGGUCUACGAGCCCCCGCGUUUUAUGUCCUGUUGUGAAGCCGUAUACCAAAUAGUGGACAUCACAGACCGACGAGGAGCAAGUCAUUGUGAUGCCGACAGCAUAGUUCUCGCGAAGUCCGCUAUUGUGAUAUGCCUCUCCCGGUUGGGCUCCGAUAAUCAAAAGAUUGUUGUGUCCACGAUAGGUGACAUCAACGAAGCCCACUUAAAAUCUGGCGGAAACAGUCUCGACAUCGGAGGCCCACCACACUGCAUCAUUAUACCCGGACUGAUUCACGAGAUGGAACUAGAAUUUUUGCAAGCACGUUACCGAACCAAUGGAAGGAACCAAAAGUUUUUACCCGUUUUCUUUACCGCGCAAGAUACAGAGUGCGUGCUUGAGUCCCUCCAGAAUGCAAUCAAACUACACAACAAAACGAUCCACUCAAUGCAAUGUCUUUCUUGAAAAAUAAAGCUUCAUCACAUUUCC